AUGAAAACCGCUAUUUUUUUAUUAUUGCUCUAUGUAUCGAAGUACGAUGGGCAUCCGCUUCGAUAUAAUCAGCACAAACAACAUGGUUCAUCGCUACCCGAAAAAUAUCGUAUUUCACCUAAAACAGGCGUCCGAAUUGCAUUGCCUACACCUGAACAACUUCAAUGGCAAGCUCAAGAAAUCGGGGUAUUAAUUCAUUUUAAUAUAGCAACAUACAUAGCAGCUGACGGAUGUUCUGGACAAUCAGUUCCGAAUAUUUCUCUAUUCAAUCCAUAUCUAUUUAAUACAGACAAUUGGGUUCAGACUAUGCUCGACUUGGGAGCUAAAUCAGCUGUACUUGUAGCAAAACAUGCCUGUGGUUUUCAUAUGGCUCCAACCGAUGUCAAAUUUCCGUUGAGUCCUUUUGGUGAAGUUAUUCCAUAUAACUAUUCAAUUGAUUAUUCACGAGUGAAGGGUAUAGAUGUUCUUGGUAAUUUUGUUCAGAGUUGCGAAAAGAAACAAAUAAGAACCGGCUUUUAUUAUACAGUUGUCAGUAACAAUUGGUUUAAUGUUGAAAGUGGUUUAAUUCAAAACCGUACAUUACAACCAGGUCAAGUUAAUGUUACACAAGAAACCUAUGAUAAUGUUGUAUUACAACAAUUAAGAGAAAUUUGGAGUAGAUACGGUACUUUAAAUGAAAUUUGGUUUGAUGGCGGAUAUACAUCAGCACUUAAAGAUCCGAUAACUGCAUUACUUGCUAAUCUUCAGUCUCAAGCAGUAGCAUUCAAUGGUUAUGGUGUAUCCUCGAAUCCUGCUCGAUGGAUUGGUACUGAAAUGGGUAUUGCACCUGAUCCAAAUUGGUCAACAGGCAUAACGAAUGAUGGUGGUGAUCCAAAUAGUCCAAUAUUUUGUCCAGCGGAAUGUGAUACAACUCUUCAAGAACAUGAUCGUUGGUUUUGGGGCGUCAAUGCAACACUGCGUUCACUUGAAGAAUUAAUUCAAGUCUAUCAUGAAACAGUUGGUCGCAAUUGCUUAUUGAUGCUUGAUCUUACUCCUGAUCGAACAGGUCUCAUUCCACCUGCUUAUGCACGUCGUUAUAAACAAUUAGGUGAUUUCAUUCGUUCAUGCUAUGGGACCUCCGUUGAACCUACGAAACGUCUUACAUUAGAUCAUUCAAAUAUAUAUAUUCAGUUGUUUGAUUCAUCACCAGUUACAAUUGAUCGUUCCGUUAUUCAAGAAGAUCAAACAAACGGUCAAGUCAUACGUGCGUAUACUGUUGAUGUACAAAUAGUUAAUACAACAGAUACAAACCAAUGGUUUACAGUAGCGCAAGGCACAAGUAUUGGUAAUAAGAAAAUUGAUGUUUGGCAAGGAGGACCACAAUUAAUCAACGCCGUUCGACUAACGAUUACAAAAUCUGUUGAUCAACCUGUAAUUAAAUCGUUUACUGUUCAUUUAUGCGAUUAA